UGUGCGCGCACGGGGAGACCUAACCAGCGGCGGCGGAUGGUUCUCCCACUCAGCGCUCGCGCUCGACCACCACACAGAGCUGCGGUGUUUUUUUUUUCCGCCUCCGCUUCCCUACCGGAGCUGUUUACCGUCUGCCGCGCACUCUGUCGGGAUAAAGGGCGUUAAUUCGUCUUUUACAGUGUUAGAACAAGAGCCAUUUCAGCGAUUAAAUCCAGAGCGUUCGCGUGCGUUUGUGAAGCUCGUUAGGUUUUGCUGACCGACACUAAUUGAGAGUCACGAGACGCGCGCGCACCGGACGCCGCUUGUUUAGAAAUUCUGCGCUCGCGACGCUUUAUCUGCCAGCAAUAAAACUUACACAACGUCACGGUGACGGUUUCCCACAGAUUAAGAUAUACACACUAAGAAAAAACUAAAUCAGAGCAAGGGUUUAAACCAUUAACCCGGUUUAGUUUGACGCAGGAUCCGGUUUCAGCGCCUGCUUCCGUUAUUGUUGGAGCGCACGAGCUAAUAGCACUCGGAGUGUUUAGGAAAGAUGUCCGGUGAAUCGGUUCUGAUCCCGGAUGACCAAGCCUUCAACAACUUCAAACACGAGUGUGUGUUGGAUGAAGGAUGGAGUCAGACUUACAACAAGUCCGGCAUCACGGUUCUGAUUCAAAUCCUGGAGGAGGAGAAAUCGCUCCACAAAAUCAAGUGUCGGAUGGUGUGUAAGGAUGUUUCUGCAGAAACCAUGUACGAUGUGCUCCAUGACAUCGAUUAUCGGCGAAAAUGGGAUUCGAAUGUUAUCGAGACCUUUGACAUCGGCAAACUAACAGUGAACGCAGAUGUUGGCUACUAUUCCUGGAAGUGCCCUAAACCCCUUAAGAAUCGAGAUGUGAUCACUCUUCGCUCUUGGCUGCAUAUAGGAAACGAUUACAUCAUAAUGAACUACUCUGUCAAACACCCAAAAUACCCCCCGAAGAAGGACAUGGUGCGGGCCGUCUCCAUCCAGACAGGUUACCUCAUCCAGAGCAACGGUCCUGCUAGCUGUACCUUAAUUUACCUGGCACAGGUUGACCCUAGAGGUUCUCUUCCUAAGUGGGUGGUGAAUAAGUCUUCCCAGCUUCUGGCUCCUAAAGCAAUGAAGCGUAUUGCGCGAGCUUGUGUGAAGUACAGCGACUGGAAGAAGAAACACAGUCCUGACUUUAAACCAUGGCUUUUCCCAGAGCAGAGUCGUCUGAGCAGCAUGGCUCUCUCUGAGCUCUCUCUGCAACACACAGACUCACUCGAGAACAUUGAUGAGAGCACACUGAGUGAGAGCAGGGAUGACCGUGCUGAACACAGUGAUGAUGACUGAGACAUACACACACACUACAUAGUUUGGACCACUGCCAACUUCUUGUCCUUUUUCAGAAGUGUCCUUUACUCCGAUUCCCAUGAUCCUUUAGUUGGAUGAUGUUUCUUCCCCUGUUUCAGCAUGCUCCAUACAUAAAGGGCACUGAGAGCACACACACACAUGCAACAUCUUCCGUUAAGGUGCCACUAAAGUGAUAAUAAAUAAAUCAUUUUUUCUCCUUGA